AUGGAUAAUGUCAAGACUUCUGGGACCGAGCACAUCGAAUUCCCCGAGAUGGGGGACACACUCAAGGACCCAGGCACUGUUGCAGUGCCAACAUCUUUGCUAGAUUUGACGCCGGAAGAGAUACAGCGGCGGGAGGUAAAGCUCGUCAGGAAGAUCGAUAUCAGGCUUCUUAUCAUGAUGUUGAUCAUGUACAUUUUGAAUUACUUGGACCGCAACAACAUCGCAGCAGCAAAGUUGGCUGGCUUGCAAGAGGACCUGGACCUCAGAGGUGACCAAUACCAGGUCUGUGUCAGUAUCUUGUUCGUCGGGUAUCUCCUCAUGCAGGUUCCUUCGAACCUGAUCCUCAACAAGCUCGGAAAGCCUUCAAUCUAUCUACCUGGCUGUAUGGUAGCGUGGGGUGUUAUUUCGUGCUGCACUGCUGCCACCCACAAUUUUGCUGGCUUGAUCGUCGUUCGGUUUUUACUCGGAUUCGUCGAGGCUGCAUACUUUCCCGGUUGCCUAUAUCUUCUAUCAGCUUGGUAUACCAGGAAAGAGUUGGGAAAACGGACCGCCUUGCUAUAUGCGGGUUCAUUAAUCUCGGGUGCAUUCUCCGGUCUGAUAGCCGCGGGUAUCACGAGUGGUUUGAACGGCGCACGAGGUAUCGCUGCAUGGAGGUGGCUUUUCAUCAUCGAAGGAUCGCUAACGAUCUUCGUGGCUUUGAUCGCAUUUUUCAUUGUCCCGGAUCUACCCCGAACCACUACGUGGCUAACAGAUGAUGAGAAAGUCCUUGCGGCAUGGAGACUAGAAAAGGACAUUGGCGAAGAUGACUGGGUGGAUAAUGAACAUCAAAGCAUGACCAAGGGUGCAAAGCUCGCUGUCACGGACAUAAAGACUUGGCUAAUGCUCGGUGUCAUCUACGGCUGUACCUCUGCCGGAUGCGUAACAACAUUCUUUCCCAGUGUGAUGGCUGGACUCGGGCGUAACAACAUUGAUACCUUGCUUCUGACUACACCUCCAUACCUGAUCGCUACGCUUGUUGUGUUGGUGCAUGCCUGGAACGCGGAUAGAACAGGCGAGCGAUAUCUUCAUAUAUCACUUCCACCUGUCGUUGCUAUUGUAGCAUUCAUAUUAGCUAUGGCAGGCAACAACUUCGCCGCCCGAUAUGUGGCAAUGUGUAUAAUGCUUGGUGGCAUUUACGCUGGUUACGUCGUAUCCUUGGGAUACAUCUCAAACAUCCUCCCGCGCCCAGCCGCAAAGCGAGCCGCCGCCCUGGCUUUCAUCAACUGUCUCAGCAAUGUGUGCCAGAUCUACAUGCCAUACCUGUAUCCCGACUCCGCCUCUCCUCGUUAUAUCGCGGCCUUCAGUGUCAAUAUCGCUUUGCUCGCGAUGACAAUUGUGAUUGCCACCAUCCUUCGCAUUUAUUUGGGUAGAUUAAAUAAGCAGCUCGACGAAUUAGAAGGUGUUACUCUCGUGCAGGCUCGUGAGAAUGAAGAAAAUGGCUUGCCUGGCCGGGCAGUGGCGGAGGGUUUCCGUGGAAUUUUCGGCUACGUGAAUUAUCUCGUAGAGAAGAACCGCAAGGAGAUUCUCGACACCCUCCUCAAUGGUCUUUCGCGUCUAGAUUAUCGUGGCUACGACUCAGCUGGACUCGCGAUCGACGGUGACAAAAAGAAAGAAGUGUUCAUCUACAAAGAAGUUGGGAAGGUCGCAGGCCUGAGGAAGCUUAUUGCCGAGGAGAAACCCGAUCCCACUAAGACCUUCGAAUCUCACGCUGGCAUUGCACACACUCGUUGGGCGACUCAUGGAGCACCAUCGCGAACCAACUGUCAUCCCCAUAGGUCUGAUCCUACCUCAGAGUUUGUUGUUGUUCACAAUGGCAUUACAACAAACUACAAGGAGCUGAGGCGACUCCUCGCGAGCAAGGGCUUCAAGUUCGAAACUGAGACCGAUACUGAAGCUAUUGCCAAGUUAGCUAAAUACAUCUACGAUGAAAAUCCAACCAUCGAGUUCACCACCCUCGCCAAGGCUGUUAUCCAGGAGCUUGAGGGCGCAUUCGGUCUGCUCAUAAAAUCCGUUCACUACCCUCAUGAGGUUAUCGCCGCCCGCAAAGGCUCCCCGUUAGUUGUUGGGAUACGAACCCAGGGCAAAAUGAAAGUCGAUUUCGUUGAUGUCGAAAGUGCUCAUGAGGAUAUUAUGACUGCCGAGACGGCAUCUCAAAGCCUAGCAGUGAACAAGUCUCAAGGACUGAGCCCAGGUGGUGCCGCUCUUGGCAACUCCCUCGCACCCCCAGACAAGAACUUCCUUCACCACUCGCAAUCGAGGGCAUUCCUGUCGGACGAAGGGGUGCCCAUGCCAGCAGAGUUCUUCCUAUCUUCCGAUCCAGCUGCUGUCAUUGAACACACUAAGAAGGUUCUGUAUCUCGAAGAUGAUGAUAUCGCUCACAUCCACGACGGCCAGCUCAACAUUCACCGUAUCUCGAAAGACCUUGGGACGUCUAGUGUCCGUGCUAUCCAAACGAUCGAGCUCGAAUUGCAAGAAAUGAUGAAAGGCAACUUCGACUACUUCAUGCAGAAAGAGAUCUACGAACAACCAGAAUCCAUCGUCAACGCGAUGCGAGGUCGUCUCAAUGCCGAGAAAAAGACCGUGACCCUCGGCGGCUUAAGACAGUAUCUCUCGACCAUCAGACGCUCCCGUAGAAUCAUCUUCAUCGCCUGCGGCACCUCGUACCACUCGUGCGUCGCAGUUCGCGGGAUCUUCGAAGAAUUGACCGAGACACCAAUUUCUGUUGAACUAGCUUCCGAUUUUCUCGACAGACAAGCUCCCGUCUUCCGCGAUGAUACAUGUGUCUUUGUCUCUCAGUCUGGAGAAACGGCCGACUCCCUCAUGGCUCUACGUUACUGUCUUAGUCGCGGUGCUCUAACCGUUGGUAUUGUCAAUGUUGUUGGAUCCUCAAUCUCCCUCUUGACUCACUGCGGUGUCCACAUCAACGCUGGCCCUGAGAUUGGCGUUGCGUCGACCAAGGCCUACACUUCCCAAUUCGUCUGCAUGGUCAUGUUCGCCUUGGCGCUUAGUGAAGACCGCACAAGCAAACGCCAGCGCCGUAUAGAUAUUAUGGAGGGGCUAGCCAACAUAUCUGAGCAGAUAAAGGAGGUACUCAUGCUGGAUGAGAAGAUCAAGAACCUAUGCAUGAAAUUCAAGGACCAGAAAAGUUUGUUACUCCUCGGUCGCGGUAACCAGCAUGCCACUGCUCUUGAAGGCGCCCUCAAGAUUAAAGAAAUCUCCUACCUCCACUGUGAAGCCGUCCUGUCCGGCGAACUCAAGCACGGUGUUUUAGCUCUUGUUGACGAGGCACUACCCCUCGUCAUGAUUCUCACCCGCGACGACAACUUCUCCAAGUCGCUGAACGCCUACAACCAGGUCGUUGCACGGAACGGUCGGCCCAUCGUCAUCUGUAAUACUGGUGACCCCGAGUUUCCUAGCGACAAGACCGAUAGGAUUGAGGUCCCUCGCACUGUGGAUGCGUUGCAGGGUCUGUUGAACGUGAUUCCUCUGCAGCUCAUGGCUUAUUGGCUUGCGGUCGCUGAGGGGCUGAAUGUUGAUUUUCCGAGGAAUUUGGCUAAGUCUGUUACUGUUGAGUAG